ACAAAGCUUCUCCUCCAGCGCUGGAACACGCUUUCAAUGACAUUUUUUAUUUCUAUUUCCUAACAUAGAUACUCAAUGAUGACAUAUAGAAUACCUGUUUUAAUAUUUUUUGCCUUUAAUUUUUAUGGAAGCUUUGGGAAAGACACUGUUAAUCAGCCAAGUGAGACACAAACUGGCACUGAAGGACAGCAGGUUACCCUGAGCUGUGAAUAUGAAACACUUCAGACUGCUCCAUAUCUUUUCUGGUAUAUCCAGCGCUCUGAUGGCCUUCCUGAAUAUAUACUGAUGAAAUACAAAUUUGGAUCAAGUAGCAGUUCUGAAUUCGAAGACAGAUUUGAUGCCAGACUGGACUCAAACUCAGUUAUACUGACAAUCCAGGAUUUCAGAUCUGAAAUAUCAACAUGGAGAGGUGUGUUUUCUGACAGAAUUGGGCCAAGUGACGAAGAUUCGAAUAAAAUCAGGAGAGAAGGAGAGUCUGUGAAACUGAGCUGCACAUAUGAUACAACCAGCAAUAAUAUUUGGCUUUACUGGUUCAGACAGUAUCCUAAUAGAGAACCUCAGUAUUUACUGUAUAAAGGUGCUCGAUCAUACAGCGGAGAGGAUAAAACAGACGAACGGUUUCAGUCGACUACAUCCCAAACAUCCACUGAACUCACUAUUAACAGUGCAACUCUGUCAGAUUCAGCUCUAUAUUACUGUGCUCUAAGAGUUGUAGCCCAGUGA